AAUAUGGCACCCCAAAACUCGACCCUGAUUCACAACGAUUCGACUGGGUCCGGGGCCGUACCCAACUCGGCCGAAGAGCUGAGCAGCUUCAGCCCUAUCCUGCCACCGAGGAAUCAUCAUCAUCAUCAUCACCACCACCAUCAUCAUCAUCACCAUAGCCACCGUACCCACCAGCGCCAAAGCCAACCAAACCGUGCCGAAGACAUCGAGGGUCCUCCCUAUGCUACUAGCACUCUUGACGCAAGGCGACCCAACGAUGAGACGCAAGCGCUCAACACGAAAACUACCACCAACGCUAGUGGCAGCAGCAGCAGGACGGACAUGGAUAAAGCGGCUGUAGCCAAAGCCACAACCACCAAACCAUCGACCUCGUCCGGCAACGUUGCAUCCACGUCGAGGGGUGGCAGUUUCCGAACGGGUGGCGGAGUGACCUCGGAUCGGGAGUUGCAAUCGCUGCCGGCCGGUUGGUCGUCGGUUGCUGGUGAGACGCUACCGGAACCGGCAGGACCUAGAAUGUGUGGCACCGGUCGGGGUACUGUGAAGCGUGAGCUGUUAAAAUCCAUCCCGUACCAUAGCCACACGCACGAGACAAAACAGUACGCCGAAACUGUCGACACGGACGAUAGCAACGGAACGGACGAUACGGAUGAUGCGUACGAUGGGACACCGGAGCCGCCAAAAGCAGAAACACCAACCACGUCCACCGAACCGGAUCCCACCGUUACCGACAUUGAAAUACCGAUCUGGAUCCGGGGCGAGGCACGGUUCGUAUCCGGCAUCAACGGUACGACCACGUGCAGCAACAUUAUCCGGGCGCUGAUCGACGACGAAAUCCAGAACGGAAACUAUGGCCCAGAAGAUGUCGCAGUGUCGCGUGACGUGAGCGAUUACGUGAUAAUAGAACGAUGGCGUGAGGUCGAACAGGUCCUGACUGGCGACACACGAAUCCUUUCCAUCUGGAAUGCGUGGGGCGACGCUAAAAAUGAGGUGCAGUUCCGCUUGAAAAUAAAUAAAACUAAUCUGGAAAAAGGCGCAGGCGGUAAGGAAAAUAAAUCGAAAAAGCAGAAGGAAAAAAUCGGACUCAUUAAUCGCAUGAUGCGCAAGGUGCUCAAGCAAGGUGAAGCGAUUCAGAAUCAUCUCUCGCAAAUCAGUCAAAAGUCAACGGAGAAACGGCAGCAGGAAAAGUUUCGCAAGUACGUGCGCAAAAACUGUGGCAAACAUCUCAUCAUGGAGAACUUUCUGCACGAUGCGGCCACAAACAAUCUGUCCGACGGUUCAGUCGACGGUGAACCACUGGUUACGGUGACGGCGAACGAUCGUAACGCGAAAGAUGCCAAAGUGCGUCGCAGCACGUUCCCCGGGAAGUUACUCUUUACCGCACGCAAAACAACAUCGGCCACCGCUAAACGGCCCGAGGAAAAGGUAGGCCGAGUCGUUAGGAAUGUACUGUUCGAAUCGUCCGAUCAGUUGGCCGAUGGUGCAAAAGCGAACGAGGAUGAGCUGCUGCUCGUGAUUGACCACACGUCCGAUAGUGAUAGUGGUAUCUUCACCAACAAUCAUGCCCACAGCCGGCGAGACACGGCACUACCGAAACGGCCCAACUUUGGCUCGAUGAUAGAGAUCGAUCGGUACACCAAGGAUGGGGACGAGCUGGAGGAGAUCGCUCCAAACGAGGAGCAACCUGAUGCGUCGUCAACGUGUGACGCCACUAAACGGCAGCAAAAGUAUCACCGUUCCAAGCGUCGGUACGAUUCGUUGCGCUGCCAUCAUCAGAAUAGAAGACGCGAGAUGCUAGAGUAUGCCCUGUCGGAGGACGAUGGUGUGGCGUCCUCAAGCGGUGGAAGAAGAUCGGCCGAUCGUGACCAGGAGCUGGUCGAGCUGGUCCACGACAAUGACGAUGACGACGACCAGGAAGCGGAUGAGCUGGCAGAGCACGAGGAAGAUUUUACACCUCCGGUCGAUGACUUCGAGUCGGAUCUGGAGCAGUGCGAUCUGCGCAAGGGUACCUUUAACCGUACCUCGUUCCGGUUCGAUCUCAUACGGCAGGAAAUCGCGACCAAGAUGGCAGAGAUGCAGCAUCUGCUCGAGCAGGAGGAAGAGUUGCUGCGACGGUUGAAGCUGAAAAGUGCCAAAUUUCAUGCCGAAAAUCAAAUCUACCGUUCGCACAUCGGGCUCGACUUUCACGUAGAGCGACUGCAGCAAUCGAUCGAUCGGUGCGCGAAGGAGAUCAUCGAGAUCGAGCAGCAGCUGCUGGAAACCAAGAUGGAGAUAGAGGAAAAGUCACCAUUGAUCGAUAACUUGCGAUCGUUGCUCGAAGCCCAGCAGGAAGCCGGUGGCCAAUGCUAUCGGCGGUCAGCGAAACACCAGCCAAACGAACAGCGGUACGGCAUGACGACCCACAUCCGGACGGGGUCGGUCAACGAAGCGGAAGCGCUCAGUGCGGACACGAGCUUUACCCAUGCGCCGGAAACGACCACAUCGCGCAACAGUCUGCAGGCACCGCAGGCAGGUCGGCAGCGCAAAUCGUCCCACCUGGCGGCGAACGAGUCGGUCGAGUUUGUGGACAAUAUUUACGAAUUUUGUGAUAAUAAUCAAAGUUUUGUCGUUUGA